AAUGCAAGGGCGGAAAGGGGACGAGCUUCUUCCAAUACCUCUUUGAAAAUUUUCUUUGCAAUGAUUUUGUUGGCCCCAAACCUUUAAAUUUGAGGCGUGAUAUUAUUCUUUUCCUUCCGCAUUACUACAAGAUCGGGCUAAUUUAUUAAAAAGAACUACUCUGAUUUUAUUACAAGCAAUUAGAAUAAUUCAUGAACGCAUACUAUUAUUUCUAAUUGUUAUAAACUAUAGUUAGAUCAAUUGUUGAGAAGAACCAUAAACUUUGUCUUCGAGUCUCUACUAACCAGGAAUAACCAAGUAUAAGAAACUAGUAUAUGAUCUAUAAUUAACUUUUUACACGACUUCCAACAACUUGAUAUGAUGUUAGAGUGAUCAAUAAUCGAAAAGUCUUAUACUUGAAUUCUGACUAUGUUUUCAGAACCGGACUGAAGGCUGAACCGGAAACGUUAGUGGUUUAGGGUUCAGCGGUUAACCGUUACAAAACCGUUGGUGAACCGUUGAUAGAACCGUUCAUGAUAUAUAACAUAUAAGACUUGUAUAUUACGCUGAUUUAAGAAUGACAUUAUCAAUGGCAAUAAACAAGUUCAAAUUCAUAUCAUCACCAAAAUAUCUAAUAAAUCAUUCCAACCAUCUCACAAAAGAAACCACAUUUUUUUAAUUCAAAUUAAAAAUUACAGUUCUAAUCGGUAGUAGACAACGUAAAGUCGACCAGUGGACCAGUUAAAGCAUUUUUUUGUUUUGUUAAAAUAGUGAACCAGUGGACCAGUUAAACCGUGUUGGUUCAUCUGAUUUUAUGUUGAACCGUAAAAAACCGUUUGGUCCAUCAAUAAAUGUUCAAGCAAUAAACCAGAUCGCUAUCAUAACUGGUUUAACGGUUCUUCUGGCCCGACCGUUGAUCUGGUUCGGUUCUUAUAACAAUGCAUUUCCGAGUACUCCUAUUUGUUAAGCACAUGAUAUUUAGACUUGUACGAAUUUUAAUUAAUGUUUAAAAAAAAUUGUAUUUGCAGAUGACAUAAAGAUUGAUAAUCGAAUUUCCACCGGUGGCCACAAUCCAUUGUGGAAAAGGCACAUUGAUCCUGUGCCAAAUGUGAAUUGGGCAAACCAAAGUACACUAAUAAAUUCGACCUAGCUAUAUAAAACACUAAAAAAAAAGGUUUCCAUGUGGGUGUUGCUGGUGCAUGCGUUAGCUAGCUAAACUGCAGUUUCGGUCCCCUUAGCUUUCUUUCUCCACGGGCAUGGCAACCUCUCCACCCACUCAAAACAUUCUUAAUUCCAAUUCUCAACUUUUUAAUAAAUCUAUAAUAAUCAACCCUCACAUUCUUCCUUUCUCGUCUAUCUAGGAGUGGAGUUCGAUCGGUUCGGUUAUAAUAAAAAAACCGAAAAAGCCGGUUAUUGAUUAAUCAGACCUUCCUCCCAAACCUACCGAUCGAAAAGAGACUUUAAGACUUCAAUUAUCUCAAUUUUUCGUUAACCGAGCUGUCCCCAAGACCAAAAGUAACUCGUCCAUCUCUACAAAUACCGACCGAUUUUCAAUUAUCUUGAUUUUCAUUAGUAGAUAACCAGUCGGUUAACCGCUAACCGCUUGUCCAACCCUACCUCUAUCUAUGUCGUAUAUAAAUACAUCAAACCUUUAAAUAUAUUCAUCCACCGGCAAGCAAACCAUUCAUUCACCAUCUCUCCUCCUCCUCCUCCUCCUCCUCCAUCUCUCUUAUAUUCAUUUCUUUCUGGAUAUGGAAGUAAAAGAGCUAAAUCCCAUUUUCCACACCCAUUUGGAUACCACUAGUAGUGCAUGCAGAUGGUGGUCGAAGGAGACGGUGGCGGUGGUCACCGGCGGGAACAAGGGGAUCGGGUUCGCGGUGGCGAAACAGCUGGCGGAGCAAGGGCUGACCGUCAUCCUAACGGCGAGAGACGUCGGGAGAGGGGAGCAAGCCGUGGAGACGCUGAGAUCUCGCUUCGGUCUCCGUCACGUCAACUUCCGUCAGCUCGACGUUUCGGAUCCAUGCUCCAUCGCGGCCUUCGUUUCUCAGUUCCGUCGCGACUUCGGUCUGUUAGAUAUUCUCGUGAACAAUGCAGCAGUUUCGUUCAACGAGAUCAAUGAGAACUCAGUAAAGCACGCAGAGAAGGUAAUGCGAACAAAUUUCUACGGUCCCAAAUUGCUCAUCGAAGCCCUCCUCCCUUUCUUCCGCCGCUCUCCUUCUCGCGGCCGCAUCCUCAAUCUCAGCUCCAGGCUCGGCUCUCUCACCAGAGUGGGGAACCCCAGGCUGAAGGCGAUGCUGGAGAGCGACGCGCUGACGGAGGAGCAGAUCGAGGAGGAAGUGGUGAGGAAGUUUCUGAUUGCGGUGAAGGAAGGCACGUGGGAAGGAAAAGGCUGGCCGGCGCAUUGGACCGACUACGCCGUCUCCAAGCUCGCGCUCAACGCCUACUCCAGGGUUCUGGCACGGCGGCUCCGCGCGGCGGGAGGGAAGUUGACGAUCAGCGUCAACUGUUUCUGCCCCGGGUUCACUCAGACAUCCAUGACACGUGGCAGAGGGACGCACUCCGCCGACGACGCCGCCAGGUAUGGUGUCGCCCUCGCGCUGCUGCCUCCCGAUUUGCUCACCACCGGCAACUUCUACGUCGCGGUUACCGGUCCCGGCGGCGUUAGUUCCAAGCUGUAGAUUUUAUUUUUUCUGCUUGAUUAGCUUGUUAUAGGUUUAGGGGGCUUUUAAUAGAUUUGGGCGGAAUCGGUGAUCUGCCUGCGUGGUCUAAGGACAGGCCCGACGCUGGCUGUUUCUUUUUGUUUGUGUGUGGGCUGAGGAACUCGGCCCAAACGAAUUGGGUUUGUUUUAGGAUUUGGUCUGGUCCAUCUGCUUGUCCUUUGUUUAUGCAAUUCUAGGUUCAUUACUAUAUUUUCUAAUUUCUCGUCUCAACUACAUUAAACGACUUACAAAUUACCGUGUACAAGAUGAAUGUGCUUACAAAGAAAAAGAAUGGUCACGGCCAAACAUGGAGAUCAUGAAAUAUAGUACGAGAAUUGGUGUGAAACUAAUACCUGGGCAUUAUUUAGCAUCAAAGAAAAUUCGUUCUCUUUCUACAAGUAUACUCAUAACAUUAUCUUAUUAAUAAUGUUGGAUUCCACCAUACUCGCUCUAUCAUGUUCGACCCUCGGAUGCCAAAUGCCAAUUUCUGCCCUCUCAAUUCCAUUUGUUUGCUACAAUCUUCACAUUUUUCGGAUUUGGUCCCAACCUCUUAGCUCAUAUAAACAAAUUAGCUCAUGUUUUCACUUUAAUUUUGUUUUUGUUUAGUUGACAUAAACCAUCCACAACAUGAGAAGUGUAAACUUCCAUUGUUAGUUGGAAAAUAAAUCACACAUUUGAAU